AUGUCUGAAAAUUCCAGUGACAGUGACUCAUCUUGUGGCUGGACUGUCAUCAAUCAUGAGGUACCCAAUCUCAAAUUAAUAAAGUUCUGGAGUCACAGCAGCUUUUAUCACAAGUUCUUUGCAAUUCACGUUGGAAUUCUGGGGUUCCUUGGCCCUUUUGUUCAGGGUUCUGAUGUAGAGACAGUGAUUUCCGAAAAUGGAAGCACAAAUGAUAACCAUGAGUUUGUUUCAGAAGAAUAUGUUUCUUUGCAAGACGAGGAGCAACCAAUUGAUUUGCAAGCUCAGUGCAACAAUGAUGGAGAGGUAUCAGUGGUAGACAAUACUCUCUCCACUUUUGAGGAAACUCAGACAGUUCCAGAGAAAGAAAAAAUCCCUGAUGAUGGGUCCUGCAUUGGCACUAUUAGUGAUGAUUCUGACAUUGUUACACUUGAGGCUCCAAAACCAGAAGAAACUCAAAGUCAGGAGGAGGCUCCAGCUGAUGGUGAAGAAGCUCAGAGUUCAGAGGAUUUUAACAUGGGUUCCUCCUCCAGCAGUCAAUAUGCGUUUUCCAAUCUAGAAACUGUUUUUCCAUCUCAGGCUAGCAAUGAUGAAUCAAGUAGUGAUGAAACUAGCAAUCGGUCCAGUCCCACAGUACGGAAACGUCGGGCUAAGAAGAGGCUGAUCUCUAGCUCUGAGGCUGAGGGGGCGUUACCUGCUGAAACGGAGUCUGAACCUCCCAGAGAAGAGCAGCAUAAAUGCCAGUUCAGUAGUGGCCUGAACAGAUGCAUCAUACUAGCUUUGGUGAUUGCAAUCAGCAUGGGGUUUGGACACUUCUAUGGUACAGUACAGUUCCAGAAACGUCAGCAGCUGGUGACAAAGAUACGUGAAUUAAAGGAUAUGAAAGAUGACCUUUACCAGUGCCAACAAGAGCAAGGAGAUAAAGUGCAUCAUGAAUCACUCAAGGGAGAUCUUGCCACAUGUUUGACCUCUACUGAGGUGGAGAAGAAAUCCUUUGAAUCUCAAAAAAAAAGUCUUGCUGCAGAAAAUCAGCACUUAAGAGAAUCUCUAGAGAAGGAAGAAAAAGCUUUGGCCUCACUUCAGGAAGAAUUAAGGAAGCUAAGACAACAAAUUAGAAACUUAGAAGAUAAAGGAACUAGCACUGAAUCUAUUGUAAUGGAAAAUCAGAAACUAAGGGAACAUUUGGAAGAGGAAAAGCAAAGAAACCACAACUUUCUUAGGCAAAAGGAAACACUCUUUGCAGAGGCGCAGAUGUUAAGGAGAGAACUAGACAAAGAACGUCAUGUUACAGAAGCUCUAAAAAAAGAACUGGAACAGUUAAGUUCUCGUCAAACACCUGACAGUGCUAAUGAUGAUACAUUAAGAGAAAAUCAAGAAAUAGAAAGUCUGCGAGGAAGACUAGUAGAACUAGAAAAAAAGCUAAACUUUGAGCAACAGCGCUCUGACUUAUGGGAGAAGCUGUAUGUGGAAGCGAAAGACCAAACUGAAAAACAAGAAGUCAAUGAAAAGGGACAAAAGAAAGGUGUUAAAGGGCAAAGUAAGACUAAAAAGAAGUCAAAGGAAUCAUUUUUUGGUUCAGUUAAAGAAACUUUUGAUGCUAUGAAGAAUUCCACAAAAGAGUUUGUAAGACACCAUAAAGAAAAGAUUAAGCAGGCUAAAGAAGCAGUGAAAGAAAACCUGAAAAAAUUCUCUGAUUCUGUAAAGUCUACAUUCAGACACUUCAAAGAUACCACAAAAAACAUCUUUGAUGAAAAGGAGAAGAAGUCAAAUGAUAAAAGACACGAGGCAAACAAGAAAGCUCGAACUUUUUACCGAGAACAAAACUCUUACGAGAAUCUGAAACACAUGCAUUACAGGGGACCUAACAUGCCAAAAGAAUUCAAACAUGGAAGAAAACAUCAGUUUACAGCAUUUGAAAAAGAUACAGAUUCACCGAAAUGUCUCGAUGAUACUUUGUGUAAUAGAAAACAACAGUUUGUCCUAAAGGGCUGCUCUGGUAUUUUUGAAUGUGCUCAUCAAGAAUUCAUUAGUCUCUUUAACAGAGUAUCAGAUCCUAUCAGGGUGGAUGAAUUUAAUCGGCUAAUGAAAAGGUAUUUGCAGCAAGUGGUACAUAACUUUCAUCACUGGAGAGAACUAGAAAAUUUCAUCGAAAAGUUUUUUCAUGAUGGGGUAUUUAUACAUGACCAGAUGCUGUUUACUGAUUUUGUUAAUGAUGUCAAGGAUUACCUGGAAGAUAUGAAGGAAUACCAAAAUAAUAAUGAAAAUAUUUUUGAGGAUUUGGACAAAUACAUCUAUAGAUACUACUUUCAUUAUGAUAAUUCACCCCAAUAUGGACCCAGUCGACCUAAAAGGCCACCUUUUACACAAACUGAAAAUUCCAGACAUGAAAAACAAGCUCAGAAGUACCACCACCGUAAUAAAAGAGAAGGUAAAUGGCAUAAACAUGGUCGCACUAAUGGAAGACACAUGGCAAAUCUUGAAAUAGAAUUGGGGCAAUUACCCUUUGAUCCAAAAUAUUGAGUAAUUUAUGGUAAAAUAAGAUUAGAAUUAAUAAUUCACAUCCUCUCCAGAAAUUUUUCAACAAAGCAGCAAGAUGCAAGUUUUUUCUCUAAAUAAUUUGAUUUUUACACAUUUUUGUUAAAAGGCAGAAGUCAAGCUUUCUAAUUUGCAUAUUCUGUACUGUUGCUUUAACUGUUCUUCAGAAGUGAUGAUAGUUUGGGUGCCAGCAGUAUUGUUGCAGAAACUAGGCAUGCAAUGACUUGUGUAUGAAAAAUAUGCUUAACUGCAUUCUGUUCACAUACUUCAAGCUUGAGUCAUGCAUAAUGUACCAAUAAUUAACACCAGUGGUUGAUAUAAUAACUUCAUCUCAUCCUUCAAAAAAAUAGGUCUACAUUAUGGUAAUGUGUUAAGUGUUUUGUAAUCUUACACUUCCUUCUUGUCUUGGGGGGGGGCAUUCAAGAGCCUGUUGAAUUGUGAAGAAUUUGCUGUACUGCAUUCUAAUCAGCUUGCUGAUUUAAGCACUUGAAAUGUCUUGCAUAUCUGCAUAUUGUAGAAGAAAAAUAAAGAGACAUUGUGGGUAAAAGUCUUUAUUUGUAAAACAAACUAUCAUAGCUGUACAGUUC